AAGGUCCCGCACCCGCUGGAACAUAAGAUUAUCAUCCGCGUCCAAACCACCCCUGACUACAGCCCCCAGGAAGCCUUCACCAACGCCAUCACGGACCUGAUCAGUGAGCUCUCCCUCCUGGAGGAGCGCUUCCGGGUAAGCUUGGCUCUUUAA